AUGGGUUGUUUCAGGAAGAAAAAGACGCUGAAAGAAGGUGGCGAAUAUGAGGAUGCUGCUUUGCUUAACGCUCUAAAAGACCUGGUUUCGCUCAUUGAUACUCAUCAGGAUGAACUGCAUUCUCUGUUACCUGCAUUAGUGGCCGUGGAUGCAGUCGCUGAGGCACGCACUCUGCAAAGUCGGUUCUUGCAAUUGAUGGAUGAUACAAUGAAGGCAAUUGAAGCGGCUUGGCCACCCUAUAUCUGUCCUUAUUUGAUAAUAGGACCACUGCGAGAAAUUGUAUGA